AUGGAGAAACACAUUUUCUUAUUGAUACUUGUCUUCCUAGUUCAAUUUCACUCUAGUUACUCAAAUGAGACUGACCAACAAUCUCUGUUAGCUUUUCAAAAUCUUAUCACAAAUGAUCCUAGUCAUUUUUUGGCCAAUAAUUGGACCAAAAAUACUUCAUUUUGCUCUUGGUUUGGUGUCACUUGCAGUCCAAAAAGGCAAAGGGUAGUAGCCUUAACUCUUCCUAAUUUGCAACUUCAAGGCACAAUUUCGCCGUAUUUGGCGAAUUUGUCCUUUCUCAUAGAGCUAAAUCUCGAGAACAACAACUUCCAUGGUGACAUCCCUUAUGGCAUUGGCCAAUUGCCUCGUUUGCGAGUGAUUGAUAUUCAGAACAAUCAGCUCCAAGGAAGUAUACCGAUAAGUCUAUUCCAAAAUAGGAGAGUUCAAAUCAUUUCAUUAGCUUUCAAUAAACUCAGUGGUGAAAUGUGGAAAGGUACAUGGUAUGUACCAGAACUCAGAGUCUUAAAUCUCAGGAAUAAUACACUAAUAGGUAUAAUCCCUCCUUCUAUUGGAAAUGCCACAAAAUUGAUGAACAUCAGUCUGAAUGGUAAUAGAAUCAACGGUAACAUACCAAAGGAGAUCGGUAAUCUAAGCCAACUUGUUGAGUUGUCCUUGUCGCGUAAUCAAUUAACAGGUUCUAUUCCCUCAACAUUGUUUAAUGUCUCCUCCCUUCUCGUCGUGUCUCUGGCAUUCAAUAGCCUUUCUGGUCCUCUCUUGCUUGAUGAUCAACGUAAUAUUCUUUCAUCGAAUCUUGAGCAUUUAGGUGUAUCAUACAAUCAAAUCUCUGGACACAUUCCUUCCAACAUCUGCCAACUCAAUGCUCUCAAAGUUUUGUCCAUAUCUUUCAACAACAUAACUGGAGAAAUACCGAGAAAUAUUGAUUGUUUAGCCAAGCUCGAAGAGUUUUAUACUGGUUAUAAUCUAAUAAAUGGGACAAUUCCUACUUCAUUAGGCAAUAUUUCCACUCUGCAAAAACUUCAUUGUGGAAACAAUCGUAUGGUAGGGGAACUUCCUCCGGAAUUAGGGAAGCUAUCAAAUUUAAACCAAAUCGAUUUCAAAGAAAAUUAUAAUCUUAUAGGUGAAAUUCCAAAUGCUAUUUUCAACAUAUCUUCUUUGGAAUUCAUUGAUCUCAGUUUCAACUCUCUCUCUGGUAGAAUUUCAAAUCUUCUUCAUCUUCCAAACCUUAUACAACUUCUCUUGUCAAACAAUAAGCUCGAAGGUGAAAUUCCUCGGAAAUCUUCGCGAGCUGCAAGAACUGUUCCUACAUCAUAA